AUGUCGGAUCAGUUGCCUGGUUCGAAACGGCUUCGGCUUGGCUCCCUUGCAGACGGGUUUCGUGGUGGAAGAACACGGCCGUCCGUUGAUUUUAGUGCGAGUCGUUCGUCUGAGCAGCAGCAGCAACAUGCCGCAGCGUCUGCGCAGCAGCAGCCUGCUGCGCAGCAGCGGACAGCCGUACGAAUCGAUCCAACGGGGCCCGCCGCAGCGUCUGCGCAGCAGCAGCCUGCUGCGCGGCAGCGGACAGCCGUACGAAUCGAUCCAACGGGGCCCGCCGCAGCGUCUGCGCAGCAGCAGCCUGCUGCGCGGCAGCGGACAGCCGUACGAAUCGAUCCAACGGGGCCCGCAGAGGACGGUCGCGGGCAAGCGGCAGCUGAUGCAGAUGCGCAACUGGAAGGACACCACCAGGAUGCUGACACUUCUGCUGCGGAUGUACGGGAGAGAUGGCGGCGCCAGAAAGCUGCGCAGCGUGCGGCAGCUCUUCCUGAGUUACGACUGCUGCAGCGGCAGCAGGACGCUGUGCGGCAUGCGGCUGCACAUGCUGCCCCGGAGGUGAGAGCACAGCAGCAGGUGCGGAACACUGCACGGCGCGCAGCUGCACGUGCGGACCCGGAGGUGAGGGCGCAGCAGCAGCAGCGGAACACAGUGCAGCAUGCAGCUGCCCGUGCUGAUCCGGAGGUGAGGGUGCAGCAGCAGCAGCGGAACACAGCGCAGCAUGCAGCUGCCCAUGCUGACCCGGAUGUGAGGGCGCGGCAGCAGCUGCGUGACGCUGCACAGCAUGCAGCUGCACGUGCUGACCCGGAGGUGAGGGCACAGCAGCGGCUGCGCGACGCUGCACGGCAUGCAGCUGCACGUGUUGAUCCGGAGGUGAGGGCGCUUCAGCAGCAGCUGAACACAGCACAGCAUGCGGCUGUGCGGCAGGUGCAGCGGCAUGAUCAGCAGGUCGCCCCUAGGGACACCCUAUUGGCUCGCAUGCACCGUCUCCUGCACUUCACGGACCUUCAUGGUGACGCCGCAAUUGACUUGCCCGACUUCCUUUUGUCGAUUCCAGAGGGCCACGUGCAGGACCUUCCUGGUGGUCAGUUAUCGCCUGACAGGCAGGUACCAUACACGGUACAACUGCAAUGUGCAUCGACCAUGGCUGCUGCCUUGCGACGGCGCAUGCCUUCCCGUGUCUGUGCUGUGUGCUCGGAAGUGUGCUCGGAGGACCAGUCGACGGUGCUGCCCUGGAUGGAUAUCCCCAACGUCGACAUUCUACGUGCAGACAUCAUGUGCACGGACGCUGUGCAGCGCUGGGGACAUACUCUGGUGUGGCGGCGGAUGGCGCGUACGGCUCAGGGAGAAGCACCACCGCCACCUGAUCCGGUCCUGCCAGCUCGGUAUCGUGUUAGCCGGGCUGAGCGGUCUGCUGCUGUGGAUGAUGACGGCGGCAGUGCUAGCGGGGCAGGCAGGCUGGUAGAUGAUGCGGCGGAAGCAGCAUUGGAGAUGGAUGGUGAUGCGCUGGAGAUUGUUGAUUUAGAGGCAGCGGCGGCUGAGCAGCAGCCAUCCGAGCAACUUCCGCAGGACCAGCAGCCGCGUCCUCCGCGGGUGCUGCCCAGAGCUUGCCUUGACGACCCGGCUAGUGUUGAGGUGCCAUACUGCCUGCGUUUGGAGCCGGAAUUGCCCAACCGCACUAUGCUGGUCGGCGACGGUGUUGCAGAGCGGAUCUUCGUAUGCAACACCUGCCACAAGGCUCUGAGUGCCCGACGAGUUCCCGAGGCUGCACUGGCGCGCCUGGACCCUGGCGAUGUGCCGCGCGUCAACCAUCUGGGCGACCCUCUGCCGAUGCCCACUUUCUUGGAGGGGCAGCUUUUGGGCCGCGGCCGUAUAAUCCAGCAGUUGCUCAUCAUGUACCUGGCAGACCGACCGCCGGACGUCUUCCCGCGUGCUGUAAAAACUCACGGCAUCGGUGUCGUAAAUCCUGACCCAAAUAUGCUGCGAGGACAGCUGCCGGCGCGGGCGUCCGACCUGGCCGGCGCUAUUACAGUUGUGUGUGUCGACCAGGUUCGCAGCCGGGCGGAGCUGCUGGAACGCGUGCGAAAGGCGCCAGGUCUACAGCACAACGACGAGGAGGAGCUGGGUGUUGAUGAGGAUGCUCUGCAGGAAUACGAACGCAUGGGCUGUGCUGCGGGUGUGCCCGACGAAAUGUUGCAUGCCGCCCUUGCGCCGACUGAUCCGGAGGUGGCGAACGUUCUCCGUACCACCUUCCUGCACGAUCGCACGGGACCGGUGCAACCUACGCUGGCGGAUCCGACCCCGAACGCAGGACAAGACCCUGGACCGGGGCCAUUCACUGCCAUCCUGCGUGGACAUGUCGACCAGCCAGUUGAAGGUGCGCCAGUCGAUCCGGCAGCUGCCACUCUGGACGAGCUGGAGCUGAUCCUGCCACAGCCGUCGAAUGUUGGCGAUGAUGGCAGCGAAAUUGACCGCUUCCCGGGCCGAGUGGAAGACCUCCUGACUGGCCGUGCGCGGCUUGCAUUUGCAGCUGGUGGCCGUGACAGCCACGUGCUGGAUGACCGUCAUCCCGCCAUCCUCACCCUCUGCUUCCCCCAGUCCUUCCCGUACGGCUUUUCUGGUCAGCGCCCCCGCGGCAUGUCUUUUCCGGCGUAUUGUCGUCACCUGCUGCGCCGCGUGCCGCGGACACAAUUCGGUGGCAAUCUCAUGCUGCUGGCACGCAUGUACGACAUAUGCGUGCGCCAUCGAAGCAUGGCGCAAGUGGGCAUUACCAUGAACAUGCGUGCGCAUCUUGGCGAGCCAGCAGCGUGUGUGCCGCGUGAUGUCAUCCGUGCUAUGGGCACCAUACUGGCGCUGCCGUAUCGGCACUCACAGCGGCGGCAGCUGCUUGCGCAGCAGUCGCCGCUGGUUAAGACGCUGGUGGAGGGGGCCCGCCUCAGUACUCUGCGCCUCGACCUCACAGACGCGUAUUACAACGGUGCCCGAUCCAAGAUGCGUGCAGCCGCCCUCACCAUUGGCUGGCCCCCGCUGUUCUUCACCGUAAAUCCGGCAGAUAUGCAUGCAGCCUGUGCAGUCGUGGCCUCUGGACAGGUGUUAGACUUCGACGAUGACGGACGACCGCAACAUAUCCCGAGCACGGUGGAGAAGUGGCGGCGUGUGAAGGAUGACCCGUACAGUUGCGCCGCCCUGCUGGUGGCCACCAAGGAGGUUCUGGUGGAGGAGCUCUUCGGCUUCGCGCCGGGCGCCAUGCAGCAGACGAACCCGCACUGCUUCUGCGGACUCACGUUUGAGGUGGCAGUCAAGGUGGAGCAGAGCGGCCGCCUGGCCCUGCACAUCCACGGCGUCGCGCAUGUGGCCACGUUCGCAGUCGAGCGCCUUCAGGUGCUGUUCAGUGGACCUAACUGCCGAGCGCUGGCCCUGGCAUACACCCUGUGCGCCAUGUGGUAUCCCUCGCCGUACUAUGACCCUUUCACCCGCGGUGCAGAACACUACGUCAUGGACAUGACCGUCGAAGAGGCCCAGCAGCAUGGCCGUGCACCUCCGCCUGUGGACAAGUCCUGCCCGCCUGCAGCGUACGAUUUUGGUAGGCUCGCCGGCUGUGCAGGUGGCGGACUCCCGCCGCCUCCCCGGCACGCUGCCUGCCGUGCACACCACGCGGCCGUCGUUCGCAGCACGCUUACUCAUACACAUAACGACACCUGCAAGCGACACGGCUGCCGUGGCACAGAUGACAGCUGUGGCAUGGCGUUCCCGCGUGUCCUGCGCAGCGCCUUCCAGUGGAUUGGCACCGGCGGUCUCUUCCUUCUGCCGCGACUGGGCCCGAACAUUGUACCGCACAUGCCAGCUGCAGCGCUGGCAUUUGGAUGCAACCAGCUGUUUACUCUGGCGUGCGAGGUGGAUCGCGUCUACACGGCAGAGGCAGCAGCGCAACUGGCCCGCCCUGAAGAUGAACGGGGGGACUGUGCGCUGCUGCAGCCUGCUGCUGACCGCGCCCGCGACGCUGCCUACUACAGCACGAAGUACACUGGCAAGAGCAUCAACGAUAGCCAGGCGCAGCUGACGUGCAACGCUCUUACCCGAGUGCAGGAUUUCCUGCUAGCUGGAAGGACACCGAAUCCGGGCGCCAGUGGGCCCACCGCGUUUGGCAACAUGUGUGCCACCGUGCAUCGCAUGACCGCUUCCAUUACGGCUGGUAUGGCGCUUGUCGCCAUGAAGCUGGACGGUCAUUCCACCUUCGAGGCGACGUUCGAGUGCGCUUACCUGCAGGUAGACGCGUUCACGGCGCUAUCUGCGAGCGCCGAGCAAUCUCCUGAGGCGGCGACCACAGCGGCGGUACUGGUGGAGGCUGAGGAGCAGGAGGGCUACACGGUGACCAACGCCGUGCAGAGCUACAUGCUGCGGGGGGAAGAACUCAGCGGCCUGGACUGCAGCGCGUACAACCUAGCCUCCAACUAUGAGGUCCGACGUGUGCCGCCAGCUCAGCACCCGCACCGAGAGCGAUUGGGUCUACAGAUCCCGGUGGCAGUUCGACGCCGCAAGCGCACUACCCCAGCCACACCCAUAACCGCCCCUGUGCCUGCCCCUGUGCCUCUGCUGACUGCAGCCCCGGCCCCUCCUCCUGAGCCACCUGCUCCUACAGCUGCAGCAACACUCGACCAGCCAACGUCUCAGACAGCCACGGAGCUGCCCCGCCUGGUGGCCUUCCACGGCACGCAUCCGCUCUACAAAACACAUGUCCACGUCCGCCUGCCGCGGCCACGCUACGUACAGCUUGGAGGUUCUCUUCCCCGCCGGCCCCGUCCUGGCACCUCUGCUGCGGGCAUGGCACAGUACUACGCGUUUGUCCUGGGUACUUUCAAAGCUCACCGGGGUCAGCCCAUCCCCCCCGGGCUGAGUGUAAAGGAAGCCUACGACACCUGGUGGGCAGAGCUGGGCACUACCGAGGCAGGUCGCUCUUACCAGGCGUAUGUAUCGGUACUGCUGGACAACAUCGAAGAGGACCACGCUGGGAAAGCCCGCCGUCAGGCGGAGUACAACCAGCGGCGCCGCCAGCAGCGUGCAGCAGCGGCAGCAGCCGCGUUGCCUGAAGGUGACAGCACGAGCACUUCGGAUGGAGAUGCCGAUGACGGCGUCCGCGGGCAUCUCAGGCCUGAUCCUGAAACACAGCCGCCCGCCGAGGACCAGCUGGAGCACUUCGUGUACAUCCCAGGUCAGGCGUAUCCGACGGCUGGCACCGACCUCGCCGCCGUCGCUCUUACGGACCUGUUUGACUGCACCAACGCUGCUGGCGCAUAUGCCUAUGAUGCAGCACGGCGCUGCCGAGCCCCGACCCUAGUGGACGGCCAUGGUGCACGCAGCGAUCGUUUCAGCCGUCGGAUCACGCCAGCGGACCUGCCCCUCCUGACUGAAGCGACCAAGCGUCUGAAGCGGUAUCUCGUUGCAGCAGCAGCCGGCACUGUUGAGGCAGAUGGGGGCGCCCACACGGGACUGACAGCCACACCUGAGAUGGACACCCCUCAUGUCGAGCUGCACCGCCCCACCAGCGGACCCCUGGUCGCCAUUGUGCGCAUGCCUGGCACUCCUGAGCGGACUGAACAGGCUCGCAUGCCCAUCUAUGUGCACCUCCCCCAGCCGCCCAGCAUCGACGACACCAUCGAGCUGUUCACGCUUGCCCCCCACCAGGCCGUGCCCUUCAUGCUCAUGGCUCGGUACUUCGAUCACCGUGAUGAGCCCAACCCUGGCGACCCGCCGCAGAUGCUUGUGGAGGGCAAGCCCGGUACCGGAAAGAGCCAGUUCGUACAAGCGCUCCUGUGGUACACCUGGUAUAAUUACCCUUAA